CACCCUCCCUUCUCAUAUUAAAGCCUUCCUCAACCUCUUCUCCUUCCCACCGCUAACUCCUCUUUGCUUACCUUCCGAUCUCCACAGCAAAUGUCUCUUCUCGUCGCCACCUCACCCAAGGACUGCUCCAAGAAAGGAUUCCACCUCAACAAGAAGCUCCUCUACGGCUUCUCCGCCCUCCUCGUCUCCAUCCUCUCCCUCGUCUUCCUCGUCUGGCUCAUCCUCCACCCCACCAAGCCGGAAUUCUACCUCAAGGACACGGCCGUCUACGAGCUGAGCCUCGCGUCGCCGCCUCGCCUCCUCAACUCCACCAUCCAAACCACCAUCAUUUCCAAGAACCCCAACGCGCGCGUCGGAAUCUACUACGACCAGCUACGCACUUACGCCGCCUACAAAGGGCAGCAGAUCACCGCCGACUCCGCGCUGCCGCCGUUCUACCAGGGCCACCAGGACAUCAACAUCUUGUCUUCCUCGCUGAACGGGAUCAGCAUGCCCGUCGCACCGUCGUUCGGGUACGAGGUCAGCCGUGACCAGACUGCCGGGAAGCUGUACCUCGAGCUGAAGCUCGACGGGAAGCUCCGGUGGAAGGUGGGCAGCUGGGUGUCUGGGAGUUACAGGAUCGAUGUGGAUUGCGUUGCUGUGAUAGUGCUGAGACCCGGGGGCGAUCCAGGACCGAUGAGUUUGGUGCAGGGGACUCGGUGUUCUACCACCGUUUGAUGGCCAGUUAGUCCUUAUGGUCUUUCCUGUUGUUGCUGUUUGGGAAGUGGAGAUGACAUGGGGAGAGUUAAAACCUGGCUUGCUUUCUGUGGGGAGGAGGAUGAUGGGGUUGUGAGU